AUGGACACUGAUGUCCUUGUGAAGAUAUUCAAGGAACUAAAUUUGGUUGAGCUGUCACCGACAAGAGCAUCACCAUAUAUUUGGGUUGAUGAUAGGUCUGACAAGAGACUUGCAAGAAUACUACGGGUGGCUAUGGCAAUUAGCUGUGGGAAUGUCAAUUGCAUGAUAUUCCAUUACAAUUUGUUCAUGAAGGAUGAGCACCUUCAUUUCAUCUCAGAAAGGUCUCCUCACUUAAAACGGUUGGUUAUGCCAGCAUGGAACCGCAUCACCAAAGUGGCAAUAUGUCAAGCUAUCCAGAGGUGGCAGGAGCUGGAGUCCUUGACAAUGCCUACCAUUGGACAUCCUCCAUAUAUUAUGGAAGAGAUUGCAAGGAGCUGCAAGAAUUUCACAGAACUUAAGAUCAUGGGCUCAUUUGAUCAGCAAUUUGCCUCGGCGAUUCUGCAGUUCCUUCCAAAGUUGAAAGUGCUGAGCCUUCGUUGCUCUAAAGUGUCCAUGGAUGCACUGCAAUGCUUGGUGAACUCGAUGGAAUAUCUUGAGGUCCUGAAUAUUUCCCACUGCCUGCUGUUGGUUGUCGCGGCGAAUGGGCGGAAGCAAGUGGUUCAUGAACUGGACAGCCAGAUUCUCGAGAGAGCUUCACAGCUGCGUGAAUUCCACUACUGCCAGAGUAGGUUGUGCGUCACAUGCCAGCGGAUGGUGGUGGAUGAAGGCAUCAUGCGCUGGUACAGGUACGAGGAUUGGUUUUGGCGUCGGGAUGAGGUGAGGUCCCUUGAUCUGCUGCAAGAUUAUGGGAAGCUGUUUGAUGCUGGUUGCGAGAGGUUGACGUCUGUGGAGUAG